AUGACACUGGAUUCAUAUCCGCAUCUCUGACUCUCCCGCCAACGCUCGUGUUGUAAUCUCCUUGCUUUUCAUCUUGCCAGGUCAUCGUCAACCAUGGCGAAUGUCCGCCAGGAUGGUAUAACCAGGGCCUGCAAAUGUCUCAAUAUUCGAAUACAAUCCAGCCACUCGCCACCGCAGAGCACUCCUCCAGAUUUUCUCAAGGACAGUGCAACAGAUUCUGACUAUACACUGAUUUAUGCUGGUCAAGACGGUCUCAGCGUUGCCCAUCCUCAAGUGACGAUGAGAACACGCAAAAUGGGUCUCCCUCUGGGCGAUACUAAUCGAUGCAUCCGGUAUACGACAUUGACAUGUUUAUUGUGUCAGACCCUCGCAUAUCGUGUACAGCAGUUGGUCCCAUUGGAUGUGGAGGGUCAAGAGGGACCCUUGCUUCCGACUUUUGACUGGGUUGAGCAGGACAUACUGAUGAGCAGUUGCGGCUGGAUUGAGGUACACACGGAGUGCCUGGAUCCUGAUGCCGUCCUCAGGCUCUUAUCCUCAACGACAUAUUCCCCGAUUUUCAACGUUGCUGUGCCGCCAGAUGCUUCCAAGCCCCCUGCGCAGCCCUCUUACAUCGCCUCCACUGACGUGUCGCGCUCUCGAGUACCUUCCGACCCCAUACUGUCAAAUUUGCGUCCCUUGUUUCCACCCGCACCCUUUAUACCUUCACAUCCCGUUUUUGCUCACCUGUCGUCCAUAGCUACAUCCAAGUCACAGGCUCUAAGAUCGUCCGCCGAGGAACAGUUCACCGCUCUUAUACGAGAUAAAGUCGCUGAAAUUGAGAAGGCCGAAGAGGAUCUGAAAAAAGUCGUAGAGAGUCUGUGGAAAAGAUUUCUCGAGAGCUUAGGUCAGACGGAGAAGGAUUGGGGCGCUUCCGAUGGCGCUAAACGGAGGGAUCCCGCAAGAAAGUCCAAUAUUAACAAUGCAGGAGGGUCUGCCGUUGGUUCGGUUUCCGUACGGGACUUCGUGCCUGUGGUCAGCCCCGGCAGAAUGGUAUCCCCUUCGUCAUCGGUACCAAGAGUAUCUUCGCUUUCCGCGUCUCUUGCAACUUCGGCAUUUCAUCAUCCUCGUGCCCUUCGGGAACGAAAUACUCAUUCCGGAGAGACAAGGGAUAUUCCACGGUCGCCGCCGCCUUAUUCUUCCCAUCCGUCAUCUGUCGGCUCAACUGACAGUCGGUCACCACUGUCAUCUACUUCAUCGGGAGAAUUAUUGCCGCUGGCAACGGGCGAAAGUCUCAUUCAGCCGUUCAAACGCAGCAUGGACGAGGCUCGGGACACGGCUGCGAGUUUCCGAUAUUUUAUUGAUAUGGAAGCUGAGAUGGAAAUGAUGCGCGGACGUCAGCGACUCUCCGCAACCGGAACGAUCCAGGAGGAGACGCUUAAGGCGACCGAAGGUCCGCAACCGAGUAACGCUUCCACUUCUGCCAAGUCCCCGGGUGACGAAGAGAACAAGUUGAAGGGAGCGAAAGAAGGCCGAUUGCAGAAGCCUGAUCACGGCAGGAACGGCGAUGAGUCGAGGGGAAAGCGCAAGGUAACAUUUGACAUUAAACCAGACGCGCUAAUAGCCGACGGGCCGAAUUCGGAGAAAAAUGGAAGUAGUCAAGGACGUGAUAUGCAAGACAUGAUAUUUGAUUUGGAUGGUGAAAGCAGUGAUCGGGAUUCCUCAGAUGCAGCCCCUGUCCUUCCAUUCAAAGAGAUUCCGCACAUUCCCCGACGCCGUGUGCGCCCUCGCAACGGUACGAGCCACGUUGGCCUACCAACAUCACUAUCGACAUUGAGGCCGACCUCCUUACCUGCCUAUGCCUCACUUCAAGUCCAACUUUCUAAAGAGGAAUCGACAGGUAGAACACAAGCCCCAAUAUCUGAGCAGUUGCACACACAACAUAUCCGACGCACCGUCGGAGCUGAGACUUCUGAUCCACAAGAACAAGAAAUUUUGAAGUUGGUUGCCGCUGAUACCCCAAGUCACAGAGGUGCUUGGAGGCCCAAUAGCAGAGCAUGGCAGUUGUUUGUCAGUAGACAAGAUGGCAAGAACGGCGUGGCUGGGGCGUUCAUACCGGAGGAGUUUGAAGUUGGCGCCACUGUCAGCGACACUGAUGAGAGUGACGAUAUAACUCCGGGUACACGCCAUCAUCCCCCAGGAAUCCCGGGGUCGUUACCUAUCAGUAUUGGGCCGUUAUCACGCAAACGAGAGCCUCUGUCAUUGGCGUCAUAUCAGCCAAAGACAUCCCUUUCUGACCGUGCUAGUGCCAUGGUACCCCCUUUGCCAAAUAUGGUUAAUAGGCAUUCUGCUUCUGCUUUGCGAAAAGCUUCGUACGCCGCUCGUGAUCGUGACCGUUCUAUGGACCCCGGAACGCUGGAUUUUGUCUCGCAGGAUGAUGAGGGUGAUGAGGAUGACGAGAGUGAUGACGAACUUUCUCAAAUGGACCCUCCCGAUGAAGCACGGGGCAGACAGCGGGCACUCAAGAUUCUCGAAGCUCGAAGUAAAGUUCCAGCGGCUGGGAUGUGGAGAAGCCUGGCAUAAGCGCGCCAAGUUGAUGAUCUACAUUAUUCUUUCAAUAAUAACCGUGCUUCAUCUACUUUGCACCUUGAUAGCCUACUUGUAUCAAUACUGUUGUACAUGGUAUGGAUGUUUUGGUUUGCAUUGAAAUUCAUCAUAGU